AUGGAGGGCGUAGACGGUGCCUCUCUGGCACAGCUACCAGACGAAAUGUUCAAACUUGUGCUACAACAUGCCUCCGCAUCAGAAGGCGCCGCAAGACUCGGCCAGCUAACCCUACGGUCGAGACCUACCAUCAAGACACCGCACUACAUUGUCCCGACGUCGCGAGGCGUGAUACCGCACUUGUCGCAAGACAAUGUGCAAAAGCACACCAAAAUUGCCGCGGUAUACUUGCCGCUAGAAGACUUUAUCGAGAAGCCGCAAGCCGAAGCGGCCAUCUACAGUACGCCGGUGCAGAACGGCGAGUCGCAAUUACGACGAUACACCUGUCUGCCCGACCAAUGUCUGUCCGUGUUAGGACCGCGGCGAGUCCCCAGUAUACCUACUCCGGCACACAACACGAAUUCUUCAGUCGCCAUUUCAACCUCAGUGGGGUUUCGGUUUCUAGAGGUGGAACAGUACAACGAAGCCGUGAACGACCUUGGGGCAGAUAUCUCGGCGAGUCUGGCUGAUGUUGUCCGCGCGGAAAACGCCAGCGCGAAGAGGCUCGAAAAGAGCGUCGACAGAACACAUGCCUGGCUUCGAGACAUGGUGGAGAACAAAGCGCAUGAGCAUGAUGGGCAACACUUGUCACCUGUGUUCGCCUCUGUUCCACCUCUCGAGCCACAGCGGUUGUCGUUGUAUCUCUCCGACCUAUGCGAUGAAUACAGAUCACGCAUAUCAGGAAUAUGCCUCUAUUCGCCGUCGACUGUGGUCGCCCUUCCCGAGGGCCUGCGACAACUGCCGAUCGUAUGCCUCGACGACCCUCAAACGCCGCAAGCAGUGCUUUCCGCAAUAUUCGCCGGCGUAGAUAUUAUCACGGUGCCGUUUGUCACACAGUCUUCGGAAAACGGCAUUGCCUUGUCCUUUUCGUUCCCGGGUUCGAUGGAGUCUAGGGAUGAAACGCUUGGAAUAGACAUGUGGUCCACGGCACAUGCAACCGACCUUUCACCAUUGAGUCCAGGAUGUGAAUGCUAUUCCUGCAAACGUCAUCAUCGAGCAUAUGUUCAUCAUCUACUGCAGGCCAGCGAAAUGCUGGCCUGGACAUUACUCCAGAUCCACAACUACAGCGUUAUGGAUUCCUUCUUCGCGGGUUUCCGACGGAGCCUCGAACAGGGCACAUUCGAGGCAGAUAUCAAGACAUUCAACCGAGCGUAUCAGUCCGAGCUGCCCAAGCCGACUGGCCAAGGGCCCCGGAUCAGAGGAUACCAGAUGAAGAGCGUGGGUGGGGGAGAACCAAGGAAGAACCCCAGGGUGUACGGUAGAUUGGACGACCAGAUGCAGAAGCUAGCUGAAGCCGAGUCUGGUGUUGCCACGCCUGACGGCAAUUCCGAAGAUAUUGAGAAACACGGCUUAGCGAAAAGACUUGACUAA